AUGUUGGCUUGUCAUGCACUCGCAGACAUGCAAGAUGAUCCAUCUACGUUCAAGGCGUACAGUCGUGAAAUAAUUGAUCGUCACCUAAGAAUGAACAUCCAUCUCGAACCCAAAUGGUGGAAUGAUUUCUGGCAAAUAUUCCUGGAAUUUUUGGAGACGAAAGGUCCAGUUGACGACGCAACAAAGAAGGCAUGGUUGGAACUUGGUAAACAAUUCUCGGAUGAAUGCCUCGCACAUCUCAAGAACCUUGGCCAACCACAUUGA